GUCUGUUCCUCAUUGAUACGCGCCGAGAUUCCCGCCGUAAUAUCAGACCAGUCACGGAUACUUUGGUCUUCUGUUAUGCUAACAAUGUUUCUUCAAACUCGUUCGGGGCUGGGAUCAAUUCCGGGAUCACGAUCUCGAUACUCUCGAAGGCAGGCGCUCCAACCCCGGGUUCUAGCCCGGUGGGACUUGGGGUCGAUCUUCAGUCCUUUAUUGCCAUGUUCCGAACUUGACCUACCAUGUCGUAGGCGAGCUCGAUUUCGACCGUAUACACCCUAACAAUAAUGAAUGAACUUCAAGUAGCCCAAAUUCUUCAUGAAAAAAAAGUUUUGUUUACCUAUAAGUUUUUAUUAUGAUUUAAAAUUAACUUCUGGUUGGAGCGAGGUAAGAAGUCGAGAAAAAAAUGAAACUUUUUCUAACGACAGAGUAAAAUUAGACCACAAUUUUAACGAAUGUCACAGUUGAUCAUAGGAGUAAAUUUGAUCUUUUUUUAUGAUAGUAUGUUUUGGUGUAGUAGUGAGUUUGCGCAUAAUUGCAGGCAAAGACAAUAGCCAAUUAGCCCUGUUAGGCAGCUAAGCUUUGUCCGGUUGGUGUCUGUCGAAACAUCAUGGAUGGGUUUGCCUUAUCCACUAUAUAACUAUUAAAGUAGUACUCUCUAGUAAGUUAUAUUACAAGAUGGGAAUAAACUAGAAAGUGUUUGAUAUUUUCAUAUAUUCCUUUACUUUAUGCGAUUCUCAUCAUUUUCUACUUUCACGCCAUUGAUAUCAUAUUCCAAAGCUCUUCCUUUUCAUAUCUACUUGCUUACUGUAAAUUUUCUCUCUUUCUUUCUUUUCUUCUAGCCGAAAGUUGAAUACAGAGCUAAAGAUCACAAAAUAUGAAUGAUUGGGCUGGUCCGAUCAUAGCUACAUCGCUAUUUGCAUUUCUAUCUCCGGGAUUACUCUUUCAAAUGCCGGGCAAGAUUCGGCCCGUUGAUUUCUUGAACAUGAAGACCAGUUGGAUUUCCAUAUUGGUUCAUGCUAUCCUCUUUGGUUUACUUCUCAUUCUUUUGCUCGUUGUUCUUAAUCUGCAUCUCUAUGUUUAAUUAGCUAGCUAAUACAGCAAAUAAUAUAAGAAGCUAGUACUAAACAUGCAGAAGGGUUUUUUCAUUUGCUAUUUUUGUAUUCAGUACUUUCAGCAGCAUUGAUCACUGAAAUUUCAAUCUAGUGCGAGACCUGUGGGCACUAACGCUUUAUUUACUUCUCAUAAUUCCCUGUUUAUAUAUGCACAAACUUUUGUUUGCGAUUUA